AUGGUUGUCAUGUGGGGUAUUCGUGGAAGCACUUUCGGGAUGCUUCUUCUGCGCGAGGCACUCGGACGUCUGAAAACGAGUGUGCUUGUGGAACCGAAAGCCAUGGAAUCGUGGAUUUGCUACAACGACUUGAUUGCGACAUGCCUCCGACAUUUGCCCAGGACGCAGGCUGCUCGCGACAGGGCCCCGACACAAAUCGCGGAGACGCACCUGUUUAUGGAGUGGAUCAAAUACUUCAACAGCCUCGCAGUCAAAGUUGCUGGGAGCGACAACAACGAACGAAGCGCAAGUGGUAAAGUAAACGUGUGGGACGUGAGCUUCUGGGUCCUUAUGGCAGCCCUCGUGUGCUACAUGGCGAAACGGGUCGUGACGAUCUACGACUUCUGUCACCCCAACACCUCAUACCGGCACGAUGACUUCAAAUACGUCAACUUCCACGCAACCAGCAAAGUCCAAAAGCCCAACGGCGUAGGGGCCCGUUCGUCGCGCUAGAGGCUGUGGCCCGUCCGCCAGCCACGCGUGGAAACGACCCAACGCAAAUUCUCCACUGGUGAUCGGGCAUGGCUGAAUGCGCACUGCUCCUUGAUACGCUUGAUGUCUUGUCGUCGUACGAGUGCGUCUCACGCAUCAGGAUUUGUUGUUGAGCUGCUUAAAAGAGAUGUAUUGCGUCGAA